AUGCCGAGUCGCACUGAAGAUGGCGUUCGACCUGGAUCCCCAGUCCACCGACCCGACAGUCUGCGUAUACUAGCUCGAGAACGAGUCCAACGCGAGUCGAUUCUGGGUCAUCCUGAUCCCCUCGCCCAACAUCCCGUCUAUUAUGUACCUUCAGCUCGCCGCUUGUCAGCCAGCUUUUCGAAUGCUGAGCCCCCUUCCUCACGCCCUACCGUCGCUACCUCUUCCCUAACCGCAUCGAAAACCACGUCUACCCUCCCUGUACCAACUAACCACCAAGAGGUUUCACGCAAGGUGGUCCCAUCCACAGCUACAACAUACACUACAGCAUCGGCUACUCGUCAACAAGCGAAGGGUAACGAAAACAUCUCUCCCAAUGUAUCUCAGACUAGCCUAUCUACCAAGCACAAGGACAGCAUUGAAUUGGCGGCUGCCAAGCUGCAUCAGAAGACGAAGAUGCGUACUGCUGGCACCAUUCCCAAGUCGCGAACGAUGAACGUCUUCUCGAACCUUACCUCUUCCAUCUCUCGCGCUUCGAUCCCAAAUUUCAGCCGCACUACUUCAACCUCAUCUGCUGCUGAAUCCGAUAGCGGUGCGUCCUUGUCUUCUAGACCAUCCACGGCGAAUGUUAGACCUGAGAUAAUCAAUCCUCGUCAGAUCCAUACAGCCCAGCCCUCUGCCUACUGGACGGGUAGAUUCAUGGCAUUGCAAGAUCGAUUCCACUCAGAGAUGCUGCUACCCGACAACCUGACGACAUUGGUCAAUGCACAUGCUCACCGUUCCAUCGUGCCUCGCCCAAAACUUCCUUCUCAUGGCUUGGCUACGUCCUUCACGAACCCUAACCUUGCGUCUUAUGCUAAAAGCUGCAAACAAACCUCCUCAUCUUCGACCACGGCAUCCCCAAAUACGACCGGACAGUUGAAUGCUCGCAACAGCAUUGACGCAGAGAUGCUCGAGAACGAGGAGAACAGAUGUCGUCGCGUGUUCUUGCACCUCGAAGCCCUGUGCACAACGAGCGAGGCCAAGCGAAGCCUACACGCCUGGCAACAGAGCUACGCAAGACGCACAGGAAAAGAGGAGUUUCUGCCACGUGGUGGUAGUAUGGAUGAUAAGGGAUGGAUGGGCCGUCUUCUAGGGCGAAAUGGCGCACAGGGAGCAAAGAGAAGCAGUCUCGCCAGCGUUGCCUAG